AUGCCUGGUGUAAUAUUUGUUGUGUGUAUUCCUUCUAGUAAUUUUGAGUAUUUACUUAAGUAUGGUAAGCCAAGGAACUUAAUUUGUGUUGAUUCCGCAAAAUGCAAGUUAGAAGUUGAAUUACGGAAUAAGAAGGCUAAAAGUAUACCAAUACAUUUGACUCAACGGGCUUAUGAUGGAUAUGAUCAUAGAUUAGAGAAGAUAAGCGAAAGUGAUGAGCUGAUUACGAUGGAAAAUAUUUUGCAAGAACUAUUAAAAAAGCUGGAAGUGGAGCAUGUAGUGUGGAUUAGCGACAAAACGGGCAAUUAUUUCGAAGUAAUGUUUCCACUUUCCACUGGAGACAAAUGUGAGACUAUGCUUCACUGCCUCACACAGCUCGGUAUUGGAGUUUACUGCAAAUCUAUUGUUAGCGUCCUCCCCUGCAAUGUUGUUCAUUCGUCCUUCGAAAGGCAACUCGACGAAGAGACAAUAAUUAAUAAAAAUGAAGAUGCGAGACGUUGGCGACAAUUUGUCGAGUCGAUUCGAUCAAAGUUAACAGUGAAGCAAGUUGUUGACGGCGUACGAGGGGGCGGGGAAUUGUCUUUCGAUUAUCUUACUUUAAUCAUCACAGCUGAUUCCCUGGCUGCGCUUGGUCUGGUCGAAAACAACGCAUCAAACAUAGUAGCGGCCAUGUUAGUGUCACCACUAAUGGGCCCCGUGAUGUCGAUAACAUUUGGCACAAUAAUAGCCGAUAAAAGCCUCGUGAGAAGUGGUUUUGAAAGUCUUAUCAUGGGGAUGUUGGUUUCUUUACUUUUUGGCUUCAUAUUUGGGCUUAUUCUGGGAACUACUGCAAUGCCUUGGGGAUAUGGUGAUUGGCCGACGGAGGAGAUGAAAGCAAGGGGUAACGUGCGAUCCUUAUGGAUGGGAGUGCUGUGGGCAUUGACCUCUGGCACAGGAGUGGCUUUGGCACUCCUUCAAGGAAGCGCGGGUCCGCUCAUUGGUAUUGCAAUAUCUGCUUCGCUUCUACCACCAGUUGUUAAUUGUGGAUUAUUUUGGGCGCUAGCGUGCAUUUGGCUUUUAUACCCUGAUGUUAAAAUACCACAUUUAAAAGGGGAAUCGUAUACGGGAAAUUCAACUUACGAACCACUGUACCACAGUUAUUUGCCGAUUGAAUUUGCUGUUAAUGGAAUUGUAAGUUGCUGUCUGACCAUUGUAAAUGUUAUUUGCAUAUUUAUAACAGCUAUUAUAUUUUUGAAAAUAAAAGAGGUCGCCGCCCCUUACACCUCGACACCAGAUUUACGACGUUUUUGGGAACAAGAUAUCAAAAUUGCACGUGAAGCUAACAGAAAUAAUAUUGGUUCUGACGAUGAUAUGGCCGAAUUAGUCUUGGAGGACCUUAAUCAAGAUGACGAGGCAAUGAGAGAUAAGUUAGAAGCUGCCGUACAAGAGGCGCUUGAUGAUGAAACCUACCGUAAAGUAAAACGUAUGAGCUAUCAAAGUCACAAUGCAGACGAGGUUUUCCGAACAAUUGGUCUACAAGCCAGAACUCCUACAUCGAUAAGAUCAAGUAUUAUAUCAAAUGGAAUGUCUCAUAAAAAUAUUAACAAAGACUCUAAUAUAAAUGAUAUUGCGACACUUGAUAAACUAUUGACGUCUUUACUAGGCCUCCAGAAGAGUAGGAGAUCCUAUAGAUCACAUUUUGGUACUCCAAGAACAAGUCGCAUGCCUACGUUAGAAGAGUCCAACUUAUACAGACGAUCAGAAUCAUGGCCUGACAAAAUCUAUGAGGACUCUAUUGUGCGCAAUGUUUUACACAAUUUAAGAAGAAGCAAAGGAGAUUCUACUAUGGAGGAACCAUUUUUGACACCAAAUUAA